AUGAAGCUACAGCCAUGGUCAAUCCGAGUCUGGACCCGGAUUCCUCGUUCGUUCCUCUAUCAUAACCCCCGAUCAAGUGUCCGGAACUUUUCCGCUUCUUCACACCCUCGAUACCGACCUCUCGAUAUCCUCGAAAAUGCCACCCUGGACACCUUCCAGCAGCGAUGCUUCCUCCCCGAACAACCAGCAAUCCUCCCACGCUCUACCUUCAAUGACCUCCCCGCCCUGAAAAAAUGGUUCAAACGCGCGAGUCCCGAGUCAACACCGGGCACCCCGAACUCCGUCACAAGCCUGAAUGUGGAAUAUCUCCACAAACACGGCGCUGACGCGUUCGUCCCACUCGAGCUAACGGAAUCCACAUCGACUGAUGAAUCUGGAUCCGACGGCGGGACAACAGAAAUGCAUAGCUUCCGGCAAUUCCACGCGCCGCUCACUUUGUUCCUCGACUGGAUGCGCACUGCCGAAACUACUCCCCAAUCAACGCGGCUCUACCUAGCUCAAUGCCAGCUUCUGGACCUCCCUCCCGUGCUUCGAGAAGAUUUCCCGACGCCGGAGCUCGUGGCGCGCGCGGGCAAGGGUGAUGUAUACGAUACGAAUGUGUGGAUUGGACACCCGCCCACUUACACACCGCUCCACCGUGACCCAAACCCGAACUUGUUUGUCCAGCUGGUUGGGGAGAAGGUUGUACGCCUGCUUGCGCCGGCGGACGGGCAGGCUAUUUUUGGGGCUGUGAGGAGGCAGAUGGGGAAGAGUGGGAGUCGGGAGGCAGCGGCUUUCCGGGGCGAAGAGAUGAUGCAGGGGAGGGAGAGGGCGUUGUUAGAUGAGAUGGUUUGGGGGACUCCGGUAUCUGCUGGUUCGGAUGCUGGGGUUGGCUUUGAAGCGUGUCUUGGGGCUGGUGAUGGGUUAUUCAUUCCCAAGGGGUGGUGGCAUAGUAUUAAGGGUGUUGGUGGGGGUGUUACAGCUUCGGUCAACUGGUGGUUUCGAUAG